AUAGAAUGCUAUGCACAAACAAAGUGAUAAUUACAUUACAGUGCAAGAAUAUUACUUUUCUUAAGUUACUUGUUUUUUCCUGUAAAAAAAAGUUACCUGUUUUUAUUCUUAAUUUCUAGAAAAAUGCUAAAACUUACUUACAAUUACAAAUGUUGCACCAAAUGCAAGUAUGCAACCCAAAAUGGUUGUGUUUUCUUGUAAAAUAGCAGGACUCUAAACACCUUAAUUGUGACUAUUACGUGAAAGAGGAGAUGCUGAAGUUCCUAUCAAGAGUGAAGGUCGAGUUCAAUGCGCUAGAUCCGCGAACUGCAUCUUGUAUGGAGUUUCUAGCGCAAUGCAACUCACGAAAGGCAAAAGAAUCAAACCCGGCCUGCGAAGUGUUGGUGAAGCGUGGAAACGUGGAGCACCCGCCACAGAUCACAGUGACGUUUGUUAAUGGUGUGGAAGAAGCGUUUGAUGCAACAUCAACGCCGGUUCACAGUAUAACAAAGAUGAUUCUGGAAAAGGGUCAGUUUCUUGAGACUGAACAGAUGUUCCGUGAAGCAGGGGAACAAUGGCCUGUUAUCAUCCCUGAUGAAGAACUCUCUCAACAUGCACCCGGCACCAAACCGAGGAAAGCAGAGGAGAAGAAGCAAUAGCCAAAGAUUGUUGAGUGUAUUAACUGCUAGUAAUUGAUAUGGGUUUUGUCCCAUUUUAUCCUGUUUCCUUUUGGCAAGAGUGUGGCAUAUGAUCACUUCAGCUUUGCGGCUUACUGUACUUUAGGACUGAAUUAUUGAGUACACAACUACAUGUAAAUUGCAUAAUAAUAGAUCUCUCUUAGUCGCAGAGUUUUGAAAUUGUAAUCCUAAUUUUGGAAUGAUUAAUGGCAGAUGUGGUUCCCAAAUUGUGGUUCUAAGAGUUAAUCAUCCUAAACUCGAUGUUUCAAA